CUCACCGGAUCAUUGUAUGCAACGGACUGUCAACAAAGAAUAUGGCGCUGUUGUCUGCUUAGCUAGCUAAACUCUGCUCGACGUUUCAAAUGAAAGGUUAAAGCUCUGUUCAGUGUUAAAGAAGAUCAUCCGAGCUGCUUGAGGCUGACCACUGAGCUGCAGUGAAGUCAUGGUGUUGAAGAUCUUCUUCCCGCAGUGCUGUAACCGGGCGGACAGCGGCCUGCUGGUCGGCCGCUGGAUCUCCAGCCAGGACUCUGCCGUGGUGUUGGCGGUCAUCCACUACCCAUUCAUCCCCGGACAUGUCAAACAGUACAUCCAGCAGAUGCAGGCCAAGAGUGGGUUGGAGCUGUCGGUGCUGGGCUCGUGGAGUUUACCCAAAGAUGGUCAGGAGGGCAUGGAGAGCUUCCUCAGAGACCUCAGCACCAUUUUCCCCCAGGAACGCUGGCUCCAGAUCAACCGCGAGGUGGGCAAGAUGGGCUUCACCUGCCAGGUCCUCCAGCGGGAUCAGAAUGGAAGAGUAGUUCAGCGAGAGACGAAAAAGAAGAAUGAGAAGGUUGACGAAGGUGCUGGAGAGGCUGGAGGUGAUGAAGAAGAGCAGCAGGAGGAGGAAGAGGAGAAGGUGAUCUUUGUCCACUACGAGCAGAGGAAGGUGAUGCUGUCACAGCUUCACCCCAUCGAGAACGGAGUUCCCGACCCCAAAACUGCUCCACCGUCUGAGCUGAGACAGAUGUUCCAGACGGUGGCCAACAGCCAGCCUCUGUUCUUCCUGGACAGAUACGACGACGGGCCGCUGAAGUCGACACACUGGCAGACUGAGGGUCGAGAGGCCAGCAUCAUCGUGGAGCUGCUCAAACAGGCCUGCAUACCGCUCUGCAUGCUCAUCGGCUGGCUGCUCUCCGUAUGGACCUGGAUCUGCAACAUCCGGAUCUUCAGCCUUUACCCGCUCCGCUUCCUGUCCAGUAAGCUGUCCACCUGUGUCCAGCUCAGCUACAGAACCGAACAGAUGAGGUUGCUCAGCUCACCCAAACCAGCUGCCGGACACACGCAGUUCAUGAGGAAAGCGAACAUCGUGGUGUCGUUCCUGGUGGAUGUGGCUCUCGGCAUGUUGCUCAUCUGGUGGCUCUACAGAGACAACCACAUCACCAUGUUAGCCAACACGCUAGUGCCUGCAGCUGAUCAUGUGGCUAAAGAGCUGGAUGAGCUGCUGCAGUGGCUGAUGGGAGCUCCUGCAGGGCUGAAGAUGAACCGGGCCCUGGAUCAGGUUCUGGGCCGCUUCUUCCUCUACCACAUUCACCUUUGGAUCAGCUACAUCCACCUGAUGUCUCCCUUCAUCGAGGGGAUCCUGUGGUACGGAGGCCUGUCGGCCUGCUUGGGCCUGACCUUUGCCCUCUCGCUGCUCUCAGACAUGGUCGCCCUGCUCACCUUCCACAUCUACUGCUUCUACGUCUACGGAGCCAGGUUGUACUGCCUGAAGAUCUACGGCCUCUCGUCUCUCUGGAGGCUCUUUAGAGGGAAGAAGUGGAACGUCCUGCGGCAGAGGGUGGACUCCUGCUCCUAUGACCUGGACCAGCUCUUCAUUGGGACGCUGCUGUUCACCGUCCUGCUGUUCCUGCUGCCCACCACAGCGCUCUACUACCUGGUCUUCACUCUGUUGCGGCUGGUGGUGGUGCUGUUCCAGGGCGUCCUCCACCUCAGUGUGGACUUCAUUAACUCCUUCCCCCUGUUCGCAAUGGGCCUCCGCAUCACUCGGCCCUACAGACUUGCAGAGGGUGUAAAGUUCAGGGUGCUGUGUGAGGAGCCUGGGACGGCCCUGCACCUGCUGAUGGAGAUUAACCCUCUGAAGUGCAGCGCAGUGGUUCAGACCUACCGCACCUCGACUUAUAGCUGCUACCCCAAAGACUCGUGGGCUGCCCUGGUCAAGAAACUGUUUGUUGGGGAGCUGAUUUACCCGUGGAGACACAAAACCACCAAGACUGACUGACUGAGAGACAUCGGCCAGAGAUGUGAGAGAGAAAGAGAGAAAAAGAACAAGAGAGAUUAGGGAACAAAGGAAAGGGAAGGGACUGAAUAAAUAGUGAGAUGGAAACAGACAGAUAGAGGGGAAAGAGGGGGAACAAGGGUGAAAUUGGUACCUUUAGAGUUACGCUGCUUUCAUCUUAGACUGGAAUAACAUCAAGAAAGUGUUUGUUUAGACUGAAGCUGCCAGGUCACCACACUUUCUUUCAUCCGAGCAGCUCAAGGAAGAACGAAAACACGUCAAUGUUUAAGAGUGCAGCGAACAUGGCAAUGUCAGCCACAAACCUAAAAACCAGCAAAUAGUCCCGUCCUGUUUUUGUUGUAAAAACUGUGAUUGUAAAAUGCCUUUCAGCACAUGAUAAAUUCUUUUAUUUGUAUUAAUGAUAUUAAGGACUUGAGAUAAGCUGUUUUCUUGUUUUGUUGAGGUCAAAAAUUAAAUUAAAUAUGAGAACUUAAACUCCAGUAAUGACCUUAUAUGCACCGUGUUUCCCACAAGGAAACUACAUUACAUUACAUGUCACUUAGCUGACGCUUUUAUGCGACUUACAAUUGCUAUGUAUCAGAGGUCGUACGCCUCUGGAGCAACUAUGGGUUAAGUGUCUUGCUCAGGGACACAUUGGUUGAUGUGUCGCAGUGGGAAUUGAACCCAGAUCUCCUGCACCAAAGGCAUGUGUUAUAUCCACUGCGCCCUCACCACCACUAAACUAAAGGACCAAAACAAUUCGUUCACGUGUGUUUGAAUGUAGGACACAAAGAUCCCACAUUAUCAAAUAAGAUUUAAAGACCUUCUGACUUUGUUUGCCCCCCCCCCC